AUGAGCGAACGUAUGACCACCGGCUCCUAUGCCCCUCGACAGGGUCUGCCCCCCUCAGGCGCACUUCCCGACAACUACCCCCAAAAGCGAUCCUCCUACAGACGUCCACCCGAGCCGGCGCAGCCCGUAAAUCCCAACAGCGAAUCGCCUGUUAUCCCGGGGUAUACUCCCAGUAAUACUACCAGACAGUAUUCUGGUACACAGCCUACCAAUGGAGUAUCUAGGGCAUCGUCCCACCGCAGGCGGGACAGCCAGCAUUACGCGCCACCCCCAUCUGCGAACUCCGUCCCUCUCCCGACAGCACCUGAUGUCCCUCGAGCUCCUCCGUCCUCCUACAAAGAUCCGUAUGGCACCACGAACCCCUCUCGAUCUCAGGGGACUUCGAGGUCUUACUCGACACGGUCACGAGGCCCACCACAACCCAUGGCGCAAGCCCCGGUGACGCGGGACGUGUCCCGGGACCUACCCACCAUACAGAUACCUUCUAGUCGACCUCUAGAUUCACGGGCUACAGCAGCCUCGCCUACCUCACCCGUAUCCCCAACUGCCGGUGCGGUUUCGCGGAGAGAAUCUGCUGCGAGGAGAGGUUCUGUACCUGACCGCUCGCCACUUCAAGUUUUGGAAAGGAAAAUCGACGAUAUAAGCAAAGAGGAGAAGCGUGCGAGGAUACAAGAAAUCGAGCUAGCCGCGCAAGAGAGAGUUGAAGCUGAGAGGGCUGCGCGACGAGCCCUGACGGCUGCAAAUGCUCAAAAACGCACGGUAUCUGGGGGAUCAGGCCCAACUGGUGGUUCAGUGCCCACGCGUACAGUCAGUAAUCGACGCCAUGUUUCAAUGCCCUCCAAGGUAGCUCGUCAGCUUGGCGAGGAAGAGGGCGAGCUCGUGGACCUGACACCCCCGUGGGACCCCACGCAACCACCUCCACCGAACACCCAGCAACCUCGAAUACCACAAACCGGAGACCGAGGAUAUCAGACCCCUGUGGCUUCGUCUGGCUCACAACGUAGAAAUGUUCCCACUUCUUACUUUGACGGCCAACACGGCCCGGCCAGUGCCAAAGGGAAAGAGCCCGUUGGUGUCUCGAGAGGCGCCAGCUUCCGUGAUAGAUCUGGGCCGCCUACGCAGAGCACUGACGUAGCUGGUCAGGAAAGCUAUCGACGCGACCGGAACAGUAUGAUAGAAGGCGGUGCUGCUGCCACUGGGUUAGGCCUGUAUGGCAUGAAUGAAGCACAAGGCCAGAGGCGGUCAUCUGGAGCACCCGUCAGCCGACACGAUAGUAAACGCCUAGUAGACAAGGAACUUCCCCCAGCACCGAAAGAAGCAGCAAGCAGUAGAGACAGCAGAGGUAUUCUUGCCGCUCAGAGACAGAUGGAGCAAGAACGUAUGGAGCAGGCUCAAAAGUCUCAGCAUUCGGGAGGGCUUCGGGUUCCCGAUCCGGUGCCUGCUAAAGCUGUCAAAAACGUUCAAGUCGGACCAACCUAUGAAAUCCCGCCUCAAACUGCUGCUGGACAAGUGGCGCGCGAUCGAGUUGGCUUUGGCACCGCGAAUCCAGAUGAUGUGGCCGCGAAGAAUCUUGCAUCACACCAACAUAGUCAUACCUCUUUACCUAAUCCUUUCCACCGACACCACGACCCUGAACGCCGCUAUCAAGCUCCGAAAGUUCUGGACGAAUGGAAAAUGGGAAAGCCAGCAAUUCUUUUGGCGCCAGAUCUCGAUUUAGAGGCUCCUGAAAUUGCUUCUAACGCCGCGAAUAAAGCCUGGUGGGAACAGAACCAAUCUCAGAGAAGGAGAGCCUCUAGUUCCUAUAAAGACGCCAAUAACGAUGGAUCAUAUGAGGAAUCGACGGGUCAGACUUCCUUUAAUCCUCCGCUAUAUCUCAAGUGCGGCCCCUUACUUAGGUACUCGGGCAUGCGCAAAGAUAUGGCUAGGGAUAUCUGGCGGGGUAGUGUCAUGAUCGUGACUACCGAUGAGUACUCAUCGUACCAAACACCACCAACCCUCCGCCUGUUCAAACAACCCAUGGACUUGUUGCCUCCUCCACCAGUGGAACUUGAUACCACAAGCGGCCAGCAACUUGACCCAGAGUAUGUUGAUCCCUUGGCUGGCCAAGUCAAGGUCUCCCGGUCCGGAAAAACGCUUUUCGUAAAACCUGUCGACAUGCUUCGAGAGGAAGCAGAUCUGUCCAGAGUCGAAGAUGACACUGGUCUUUUUGAGGAGAAGCGAACAUCACCGUACGGAAAUGACUCUGGUGGUGCCCAGUCAAAAUCUAAGCGUCUAAAGAAAAGAGACGGGGAGAGAGUUGGCAAAGUGAAAGAGAUUCCAGGUAUUCGGCUGCAUGCUGAACGAGGUGUUACAUUCUGGAGAUUCAACCUGGAGGUCGAACUUAGCGCCUAUCAGACCAGAGUGGCAUACAGGAUCAAUCAGGGGCCCGCCAUCGGUUUCUGGGUUCCUGCCAGAGGUGAAACUAUGAACAUGAUGUUCCACAGCUGCAACGGAUUCAGUCUCAGCGUUCAAUCGAACGAAUUCUGUGGGCCUGAUCCGAUGUGGCGCGAUGUCCUGAAUAAUCAUCAAACUCGGCCGUUCCAUGUUAUGAUCGGAGGUGGUGACCAGAUCUACAACGAUGCCGCGAUGCGAGAUACGAAGCUGUUCCGUGAGUGGACGGAAAGCAAGCACGCUGUACACAAGCACAAUGCAGAGUUCUCGACAGAAAUGCAAAAUGAGAUGGAAGAUUUCUAUCUCAGCCGAUACUCAAUGUGGUUCUCACAAGGUUUAUUUGGCAUGGCAAACUCGCAGAUUCCCAUGGUCAAUAUUUGGGAUGAUCACGACAUCAUUGACGGGUUCGGAUCAUACCCCCAUCAUUUUAUGAGCACCCCGGUCUUCACGGGUGUUGGUGCAGUUGCAUUCAAAUACUAUAUGCUUUUUCAACACCAGAGUGUUGUUGAUGAAACAGAAAAGACAGAGCCCUCCUGGUUGCUCGGAUCUAGUCCCGGUCCCUACAUCAAUGAGCUGAGCCGCAGUCUCUUCAUGUUCUUAGGAAGAAAGGUGGCAUUCUUGGGUCUUGACUGUCGGACCGAAAGACAGCGAGACGAGAUUGUUAGCGAGAAAACUUACGACCUCGUCUUUGAUCGCUUAGAUCGUGAAAUCAUCAAAGGAGAAACAAAGCAUCUCAUCGUACUUCUUGGCGUGCCCAUUGCAUACCCUCGACUCAACUUCCUAGAAAUGGUUCUGACGUCUCGCCUGAUGGAUCCCGUCAAGGCCAUGGGACGCAUGGGAAUGCUAGGCGGAUUCGUGAACAAGUUUGAUGGAGGCGUCGAGAUUCUCGAUGACCUUGAUGACCACUGGACAGCUAAGCACCAUAAGGAAGAGCGCAAUUGGUUCAUCGAAGAACUACAGCAUCUUGCUGCUGAGAAGUCUGUCCGCAUCACUAUCCUCGGCGGAGACGUGCAUCUGGGAGCAGUGGGCCAAUUCUAUUCUAACAAGAAACUCGGCAUUCCGAAAGACCGCGACCACCGAUACAUGCCCAACAUUGUAUCUUCUGCCAUUGUCAAUACUCCGCCCCCAGACAUGAUGGCCGACGUUCUCAACAAACGCAACAAGAUCCACCAUCUCAACGCGGAAACUGAUGAAGACAUGAUACCCAUGUUCUCCCACGAUGUGGACGGCAAACCGAGAAACAACAAGCAUCUGCUACCUCGCCGCAAUUGGUGCUCCCUCCGCGAAUAUCAUCCCGGGACCACUCCCCCAACGUCGCGUUCGCCAUCACCUUCAGCUGCUCGCAAUGGUCCUACACUCAUGCGAACACUCUCCGACUCACGCCCAGGGAAACUCGUCAGGCGACUCUCGCGUUCUGGAACUGGUCCCCCUCCAGCAUACUUCAACAAUCCAUCCUAUGCUACUGCCGAGGAAACCGGAGGCCGUCGCCGUAACUCUUUUUCACGCUUCAUGAGUCGCGGUCACUCGGCAGACGCAAUCCCUCAACAACCGCCUGGGUCUUCCCAAUCCAAGCGAAAUAGCAUCUCCGGUGAUCCUCGUAAUAGCCUAUCCGGUAACCCACGUAACAGCGUCUCGUUCUCUCAAAACUCCAUCUCUGCCGACCCAUCGAACCCGCCUCGACCAAACCCCUUCCACCGCCGGCCCACACUUAUAGGCAGGAAAUCUGCGACCGCCCCGAUGGUUGACCUUCAUGGUGGUCUCGACAUUGUCUUGAAUGUCGAAGUUAGCCAGAAAGACCCAGCGGGUAUUACAACGCCAUAUCGCCUGCUCAUCCCAGCUCUAGACUACGAGGAGCCAUCCGCAGAACAACCAGCAGGUGUCCCAGGACGUCGUAAAAGCACAAUCGGCACCGUCUUCGGCUCCGUGCGAGGUCGCUUCGCCGGGCGCAAGAAGCGCACCGUAGGCGACGACGGCUACAGCCAGUCCGGCAUCGACACCGAAGACAACAUGACUGAGGAUGAGGAGGGCUACGCCGUCCCGCCCCGCAGCUCUGGCGCUGGCGCUGUGCCCGCCCAGAACAAGGGCAAGAUGCCCAUGAGCGGCGACGCCCAAGGCGCGAACGUUACCGCGCUGCCGCAGCAGCCCGCUCAGCCUAUCAUGACUCUGGGUGGUGGCGGGCAUCGACGCAUCUCGUACUCGCAGCCUGACUCACCGCCGACGCGGGCGGUGCAGCCAGCGAGAGUGCCCCCGCCGCCACGUCCGCAACAGCAGCAACAGCAACAGCAACAGCAGCCGAAGCCGCAGGUUCGGACGAUGGGUGGGAUUUUGGGGAGUGAAAGGGAUGACAGGUUUGAGCGCGAUGCGCAUGUGCUUACGCAUACGCCGAGUACGAGAGCUGAUGGCGGUGCAGGUGCGGGCGCUGGGUAUGCGGGUAGACAGGCGUAUAACGGGGCGGGGAGGUAUGACGACGAUGAUGAUUAUACAGAUGGGACGGUUACGCCGCCGCCAAAGAAGAGGGCGAGUUGGAAGAUCUGGAAGUGA